AUGGAUGAGAAACCGAACGAGAAAGGCAUCAAUCAGUGGAUGCACGCCGACCAGUUCCCAGAACACCUAAAAAAAUACUGGUUUCAGCGCUUCAAAAUCUGGGAACAAUACGACAAAGGCAUAUGGAUGACCGAAGACGCCUGGUUCGGCGUAACUCCCGAACCCAUCGCAAAUAAAAUCGCAGCUCACAUAGCCGAGUCGGCACCCAAAGACAAAACCGUCAUUGUCGACGCGUUCGCCGGCGUAGGCGGCAAUGCCAUCGCCCUCGCCCGCUCCGGCCGCUGGGAGCGUGUCUUCGCUAUUGAAAAGGACGCCAAGACGAUGAAAUGCGCAAAGCACAAUGCUGAAAUCUACGGCGUGGCGAGCAAGAUCUUUUGGCUGACGGGCGACUGCUUCGAGGCUAUUAGUCGGUUUGCGGGACAGAAGAAUGUGGUUAUUUUCGCGAGUCCGCCGUGGGGAGGAACCGAGUACGGCGCAGAAGACGUGUUCGAUCUGACCAAGAUGGAGCCGUAUAAUCUGGAUACGCUGUACAAGAGCUUCUCGCGCGUUAGCAAGGAUCUGGUCCUGUAUCUUCCGCGCACUUCGGAUCUGAACCAGAUUGCGAGGUAUUCACAGGAAGGGAAGAAGCUUGAGGUAGCUCAUUAUGCUAUGAUGGGCGCGAGCAAGGCUCUUUGUGUAUAUUUUGGAGACUUUGAUUUUGAGAUGGCUGAGACAGAGGCGCUCGAGUAA